AUUCAAUCACCCGUGAAGUAGGUGUGACUCCGCCGUCGUGACCCUGUAGUAGUGGCCCUGGACAUACUUAAUACCAUUUAUCACCAGCAUUUAUUUCGUCCAAUUAUGCGAGCAUCGGAUGCACAGGUAGAUGGAAGAUUUUGUUCAGGACUCGAGGCAACAGAUCGGUGUUGUCGGAGGUCCGGCAGUUUGUUCAACCAAGUACAACUCACACAGAUGGGUUCUCCUGACGCGCACCAUCAGGCAAAGCGACCCGACACAUUAUUUUUCGUGCCUGCCAGCAACAGCUCAAGCUAUAGUUCUCAAUACUAGUGGUUCCUGCACGUCUAGAGGCAGAUUCAAUGCUUCACAGCGUCAAACUUCGACUCAGAUAUAAUGCGCCUAGUGCUUUCGUCAUUGGCAUCAUUUUGAACACCUUCACCAUCCUGCGCUUGCAACACAAGGAUGUUGAUGAUAGACAGUACACUUACAUUGAUCCGAUCGAAUUACCCCUCGACUUGGAGACCGUCGCUUUGACGUUUGAAGACUCAAAGUAUUACAGUACAUCAGGGCUCACGGCCUGGUCGGAGUGGAAUUUGCUCGAUCAUUUUCCCGAAGGCCACGGAUUCAUGCGUCUGGGACCAAAUGGUAAGGUGUUUCACCAGAUUCAUUGUCUACAAAUGUUCCGGCUAGCCCUUAUUGACGGGCCCAAUGACCAUAGUGGCCACUGUCUUAACUUCUUGCGACAGGCCAUUCCUUGUAAUUCUGAUACUACCCUUGAGCCGGUCUGCAUCAAUGGAUCGAUGGGGCUUAAACGGCUUGGGUAUUGGUCGCAGGUUUAUGCAUACAUUGAGGAGAACCAGAGGGGCCCUGUGUGGGCAGACUCCGGCAUGAUAAGAUACGAUUAUCAGCUACUUCCAGC